AUGAGGGUGUUUUGUGAUCUCCUCGUUCUUGGGCUGCUUCAAGGUUUCUUAGCGCUACUUUACGGAGGUUAUCUGGCUUCGAUUUCGAACGUCUUCGAUAACACAAAAGUUUUGCAACUUGCCCGAACGCAAUUCGAGAACCUUGGCGGGGUCGAUGGCUUUUGGCUUGGCGGAACAUACGAUGGAAAGGCCAUCAUUUGGGACGACGGGACCAACGCAACGUAUGCCAAUUUGGCUGCCGCAGCCAGUGACUCCGGAAACCUGGUGAUGAGCAUGCAAAACGGAAAAUGGAACACGGCCGCCUGGAAAGACAAGUACCCGACUAUGUGCAUUGGGAAAAAAUCGAAUGGUCCUCAAGUGGCCCCUUGCGAAACCGAGUGGAUGUAUGCAACAGCGACGAAAAGCUGCUACAAGCUCGUCUACAACAUCGACUUUGCAAAUGCAGAAGAGCAGUGCCGGGCCCUCGGCGCUACCAUAUCGUCUGUGACUUCCAAUGAGGAAAAUGACGUCAUCAUUGAUUUCGCGAAGACUGGUUACCCAGGCGAUACUAUAUUUAGCGCCAUGAUCGGUGCUAAGCGGAUCGGUCCCAAUGCAACGGACUUCGCAUGGCUUGACGGAAGCCCGUUCACCUUUUAUCCGUGGGCAAACGGUGAGCCCAACAAUGUCGGCGGCCGGGAAAAUUGCAUCAUGAUCUGGACCGAUGAGAUUGUCGGCAAGAACACACCAUAUAGACCCUAUCUGCACAUGUGGAACGAUGUCGACUGUGAUGCUCACCGUCGUGUCGCUGUUUGCAAGAAAGCGGCACUUUAU